AGGGGCGGACAGGCCCCGGCGGAGGCCGCGGCCUCCAUGGCGGCAGGGGUGGGCCCGGCGGAGGGGCCAGGCCGUGCCUCUGCAGGGAAGGGGCCGAGCCGCCCUCCCCCUGCGGCGGGCGGGCAGCCGGGGGGCCGCGGUCUAGGCCUGGCGGCCGCGCGAGCGCCGCUCCGGUGGCGGCGGGACGGGUCGGGUUUGGUGGGCCCCGCAGUAGGCCGGGGCAGGGCUGGGCGGCGUUCGGGGCACGGGAGCGGCUUCGGAAGCCGUGUCGCGGUCACACGGGCCGUUUUUCGGUGUGAUUUUUCUCUGUGGAGCCCCACAAAGCUCUAUCCUGGCUGCUCUGGUCUGCUGUUGCCUACCUGUCAGUCCUGCUUCUUUCAUAGUUUUAGAGCUUUAAUAAAGGAGCAGCAUCUCGUGGGUGUCUUUUUCCUUUGUUAGGGGUGGUCACUGUACAGCAUAUGCAGAUAUUCCUCGUAGUUAGUUUUAGAAGGAAGAGUGGUUUUGAAGCGAAUGGUACUGACUGUCGGGUUUUUCCCCCGAGGGGGGGUUGCAAGGCCUCAAAGACAAUCUCAAGGCAGGAAGAGGGUUUCGCAGUGAAGCGUGCAGACCCCAUGCCUGGCACCCAUUUUCCAGCCCCCAUGCGCCCUCCAGACCCUCUCGGAGCGGUUUGUUUGUACGAAAAUGAGCACUGGGGUCUGCCCUGGGCCACCUCCGGGCUGUGGGCAGAUGGGAGCGCAGACCCCUGUGCUGGGCAGAUAAAGGGAAUGUGGGAGUGACGCUCCUGAGGGGAGCAGUGAGGUUAGGGCUGAGGUCAGGAGCCACAAGUUAGGAUUUUGUGCGUAGGAUGGUUUUGCCUUUUUUUUUUUUUUUUUAACUGUCAUUUUCUGUUUUAACUGCAUGUUGUGAUCAGGAGUUGAGGUGAAUGGUUCUAUGGCAUAUCCAUUUCACUAGUGUGUGUUUACCCCGGUGGAGAGGGUUAAAGGAGGUGCCUUUUCUGGAUGCAGAUACCUCCUUGUAAAUGCAGUGCCGGGGAGUCCGCAGUGUCCUGUAUUGACAUCAGCAGUUGACAUCUCCUCUAUCUGCCCUCAGUUGCAUCCAGUCUUUGUACACUUUCUGUGUUUAUGUUACCCUUUUUUAGUGGGUUUGGUUCUGUCUCCAAUUGCUUCACUAUUAAUUAAUCCAAGAUGUUGGGAUUACUUAAAUGUCAGUGAUUUGAAUGUAUCCCAAAGCAUAUUGGUACUUGUUUUAGUUUUGUGGUUUCCAUUUGUUUUGUUGUUUGGGGAAAAAACAAAAGUUCAAAGUUGGUGCAAUGGACAAAACACAUUGUACUCUUUAAGUUAUGUAGCUUUCAGGUUCAUGUUUUAAUAAAAUGUUGGGUAUUUACCUUAGUAAUUUACUAAAAGCAUUUUGAAUUUCUGACAAAUUCCAUCAACGUGAAGAUUAUAUUAAGGGGUUUAUCAAAUAGUGAAAGUAGUUAUUUUAAAUUAUCGUGACAAUUUUGCAUGUCCACAUCUAUGUAUACCUCUCUUAAAAUCUGCUAGCAGAAGGCUUUGGUAUCUGCACCUCUUUUGCUACAGUUAAAUAUUAAAUACAUUUUCCUUAUCUGGGAUUGUUGCCUGGCUUUUUUAUGUAGAAGGGGAGAAAUCGGUCUUGAAAUUUCACAACAUUAAGCAAGCGUCUGCUUACACUGUCCUUCCCAAUCAGAAAGAUUCAUUUAUGGAUGAGUUCUUUGAUAGAGUUCAUUUUUAUGUUUUACCUAAAAGUCAGGUCACCUUGGUGUUAUCUGAAGGCAUGAGGUCAGUAAUUGUUCAGUUGCGGUCUCCAAGAGUGCUGUCCCGCACUGCUGGAGCUGCUGAUGUCAAACCCAACUUCGGUACAGGAUAUGUCCAUCCUGCUGUUGCCUUUGAAGAAGGAGUGACCUAGAAGUGUCAGGACAUCAGGCAUGGGUUGUUUUCUUUUUCACCCUGAAUUUAUGUUUGGCUGAUUGUGGUGAUUCAGAGGGGUGGCUGAAGAGUUUCCCUGUUGGAAGAGCAGCCUCUCAGGACGUAGUCCUUAGUCAUGCCUGCCCUUACAUCCGCAGUCACAGCUUCUGAGAGCCUUACAGUAUGACUGCAUGGGAACAGCUUUUCUUGCAUCUUUUUUUUUUUUUAUUAUUUGAUCAAUUCCCAGAAUCAGUUGGCAACUUCUUUCCUGGGGCCCAUCAUCCAAGGGGACGUGGCCAUGGAGGCUAUGAUUCUGAUUUUAGUGAUGAGGAGAAUGGAGAGAAGUCUGUGCAGAAGACUAAAAGUACAAAGGAAGAUGGCCUUCUGAUAAAGCCAUUCCAAAAGCCAAAACAAGGCAGUGUGGUUCACAGACAAUUCGCAGCUGAAGAAUGGGAUAGGGAAGAAGCAAGAAAAAGAAGAUUUCACUUGAUAGCAAUGGAUGCUUAUGAAAGACAUAAAAAGUUUGUGAAGGACUACAUUUUAUACUACGGUGGCAAAAUAGAGGAUUUCCGGCGUUCUGGAGCAAAUGACAAGACGGAUCUUGAUGUUAUUAGAGAAAACCAUAGAUUCCUGUGGAACGAAGAUGAUGAAGCCGAGAUGAAUUGGGAGAAGAGGCUUGCAAAGAAGUAUUACGAUAAAUUGUUCAAAGAAUACUGUAUAGCAGAUCUCAGUAGAUACAAAGAGAAUAAGUUUGGAUUUAGAUGGCGACAUGAGAAAGAAGUAAUUUCAGGAAAAGGUCAGUUUUCCUGUGGAAAUAAGCACUGCGAUGAGAAAGAAGGCCUGAAGAGCUGGGAGGUGAAUUUUGGUUACGUUGAACAUGGUGAAAAGAGGAAUGCACUUGUGAAAUUGAGACUAUGUCCGGAAUGUUCCUACAAACUAAACUUUCAUCACCGGAGGAGAGAGGUCAAAGCACACAAGAAAAGAGGCACAGCUGUGCCUAACUCUAAGGAGCCCAAAAUUAAGAAGACAAAAUUAUCUUCCUCAGAAAAAAAGAAGUCCAAAAAGAAGACCAAUGAAGAUCAGGUUUCUUCAGAAGAUUCAGAUAAUUCUGAUAAAGAUUCAGAUAACAGCGAUGCACAAGAUGGUCCUUCAGAUGCUGACUUUUGGAAAGGUCCUCUACCAGAAGCAGAUGAAAAAUCACGAGAGGAGGAGUUUGAUGAGUAUUUUCAAGACUUGUUUCUCUGAAACUUGAAGUUGAUGUAACCUGAUUUUCUUCACGUAUUACCAAGAUGAAAGUCUGGAAAUCCAGUCAUAAUUAGGGACCAGAGACCUCUUUCUGCCAGCAUACCUUUUCUACAGUCACUCCCACGGACCAUCUCAGUUGAGUAUCUUUGUAGAAGGCUUCAGGUCUAGAAACUUUUCUUUUUCUUGUGGUCGGCUGCAUACUCAUGAAAUAAGAGAAGUAAUUUUUUCAGUUCAGUGCAAAAGAUAUAUGGCACCCAAACUUAAAAGUAGGAAGGAUGUAAACAAAUUGUUUAUUGACGUUACAUAAAGGAAGUUGGUUGCUUUUUAUUUCUUCACAAACUUCAAUUAUUGUCAGUUUUUUUGUAAAGGGGCAUUUUGGAAGAUUCUGUUAUUAGUUUAAAGCCAUACACUUUUAUAUAUUAAUAUUUCUAAUUUAUUAAACAAGAGUUAAUAGCCCUAAAUUUAUUGGUCAUGUAGACUUUAAUAUUCAGAUUUAGUCUGUAUUUUCAAAUGUGAUUGGAGAAGGUCAAUUUUUAUCAAAUAGGUAUUUUGCUUGAAUUAAGUAAACCGUAUCUGAAAUAUGUCCCAUACUCCUUAGAAAAGUUCAGUUCAUUGUGACUUUGUUUUAAAUUUUAGUUAUAAUAUGACAUGACUGAUAAUUCCACUUAGAAAAAUCUGGUUGGUUGGUGAAAUUUUUGAUGUAAAAAAUAAAGUGUGUGGCUUUCUACUGGA